GUAAAACGACGACUACAUCAAGUUUUCAUAAUAAAUGAACAAACAGUAUUUUCGUAGAUUCCGUCCGAUGUUCUACCUUCUCAGUACCGACUCGAUGUCUACGCUCAUUCUGACGACAAAAUUUUCAUAGAGGAAGAUGCUAUUGUGGGUGUGGCGCCAAAGGGCCCAACGAUAUUAAUUCAAACUGAUAAGCCGGUUUACAAGCCUGGACAAACAGUUCGAAUGAGAAUUGUUGCCCUUGAUUUCGAAAUGAAACCUUACAAAGGAAACGUAACAAUAGAGAUAUCGGAUGGUCAUGGUACUAAAGUUCAACAAUGGAUAGACAAAUCGCCGGUCACAGGAAUUGUUCCUUUGUCGUUUCCCUUGUCCGACGAGCCAGUUGCUGGAGUUUGGAACAUUUCGGUGUACGCACUAUACCCACCAGCAGUGGAGAAUUCUAAAGUUCAAACUUCAUGUUUUCAAGUCAAAGAAUACGUACUACCAAAAUUCGAAGUAACAGUUAUCGUUCCACCUUACAUUGUAACUACAUACAAGACAGCUCCCGUAACGGUUGUAGCAAAAUACACUUAUGGAAAACCGGUAAAAGGCGUGGCUUGUUUAACUGCAAAAUCUGUAUACGUCUCUCGCUAUUCUACAUAUGUACCUCGACCAACACGUACGUCACAAGAAUGCAAAGAGAUCGACGGAAUAACCGACUUCAACGUUUUACUGGGAUCAAACUUUUUAUUAUCACAUUACUACUAUACGGUAUUUCCGUCCUACGUCGAGUUUAAUGUAACAGUAACAGAAAAAGGAACACAGACAGAAAUCAACGCAACGGAGACAGCAGUAGCAUCCGAAUAUGAUUAUGUUGUCACCUUCCUACCGGGAUCACACAGAACGUUUAAACCAGGACUGCCUUUCACCAUAAAGGCUAUCAACGGUACGGCAGAAUUUGAAGUGUUUUGGGGAAGAAAUCAUUUUAGUGAUGACAUCGUCGCUAACGCGAUAGUCGAUUACGCUAAUACAGCGACUCACACAAUUCAAAUAAACGGUUUUUUCGGCAAACCUCAGAUCACCACCAGAUCAGAAGAAGAGUUAUUACUUCCUGGUAGCAAUGAGUUGACAUUCUACACAACUGAAGCGGUCGAAACAAACUUGUUUUUGCUGAUAUCAUCAAAAGGAUCACUCCUGCGUUCCUGGACUGAAUCAGUGAAAGCGGAAAAGUCUGGAAAGUAUUCGGGAGUAUACGAAUUUGGUAUUGCCAUCGAUAUCAGCUGUGCAAUGACUUCUCAGUUUCAUCUCGUUUCCUACUAUAUCGGAGAGAAAAACACCGCAGUUGCUGAUGUUAUUACAUUGAGAGUGCAGCCCUGUUUUCAACACAAGCUCAACGUGGCGUUUAGCUUAAAUGAGACAAAACCUGGAAAAAACAUACAGAUGUCGAUAACAGCAGAUCCUGGUUCGAUGGUCAGUUUAUCAGCAGUAGAUAAAAGCGUAUAUUUGGUGCCUUCCUCGUGUGCAAAUCAAAUGACUGCAGAAAAUGUAUUAGCUGAAAUGUCAAAAUACGACGUUCAUUCUAGCUUUUCUGACGACGGCGGAACGGGUCUGUAUAGUUUAAGCGAACCGGUAAUUGGUGGUUUGAGAGACUGGUGGAGAUCGUGGUGGCCCAACACUGAAUAUCCUCAUUCAUUUCGAUCUGCAGGUAUAGCAGUCAUGAGCAGUUACCACUUUGGAGGUAAAAAGAUUUAUCGCUUUAAACGUCAAGUUGGUUCGGGUGACGGCGCAGAAGAAGAAGAAGGUGGUCUAGCUGGCAUUGGCAGAGUAAGAACUUUCUUUCCCGAAACGUGGCCGUGGGAAGAUCACAUCGCAGAUGCUAACGGAUAUGUGGUGUUGAACUUGACAGUUCCUGAUACUGUCACUACGUGGGUGGCUGACGCAUUCGCUAUCUCAGAAUCUUCAGCUUUUGGAAUAGCGGAGAUGCCUGCAACUGUCUUAGCGUUUCAACCAUUUUUCGUGUCGCUCAGUCUUCCAUAUUCGGUCAUUCGAGGAGAAGAGAUGACUGUGAUCGCUACAGUCUUUAAUUAUUAUCACGAAAAUCUCACGGUGUUGGUGGUAUUAGAGAAACAACUAUCAGAAGUUAGAUUUUCCGACGGAGACGGCAAUAAGAGAAAUACGACUAUCUUAGUUCAUUCAAAAGACAGCGCUACUGUUCGUUUCCAUAUCGUACCGUUACAAUUGGGAUACAUUCCGCUCAAAGUAUCGGCCUAUUCCUCGUUAGAAUCCGAUGCAGUGUUAAGGACUCUUUUAGUGGAACCGGAAGGAGUUGAAAAACGUGAUUCUCAAAGUGCUUUUGUUUCUUCAUCAACUAAUUUAGAAUUUCCUCUGGAAUUACCGAAUUAUGUCGUAAAUGGUUCCGCUAGCGUCGUUUUGUCUGUGACAGGUGAUUUCGUGGGUCCCGCCAUAAGCUGCCUUGGUUCUCUUUUAAGAAUGCCAUAUGGAUGUGGAGAGCAGAACAUGAUCAACUUUGCUCCAGCCGUCUAUAUCAGAAAGUAUCUCGUAGAAACCGAUAGUCUUACGUACGCGACGGACGAAAAGACAAAGAGGAUAAUGAGUACAGGUUAUCAGAGAGAAUUGACGUACCAAAGAAGAGACGGCUCGUACGCUGCUUUCGGAGAUGGCAGUAUGAAAGGAAGCUUGUGUCUGACAGCUCUCGUUAUGCGCGUUUAUGCUCAAGCGUUACCGUACAUGUACAUCGACAUCGAAUCGAUGAGCCGGUCGCUUUGUUGGUUGAUAAAUCAGCAAAGUGAGAACGGAUCUCUAGGAGUGACAGUUGACGUCAUACACGGAGAAUUGUAUUGUGCAUCGGUCGGCUCAAAAGAAACCGUUCAAUUAGAAUUAACGGCAUACAACAUAAUGGCACUUUUAGAAGUUAAACGCAAAUUGAAAAACAAGGAAUUGCAAUGCAAUGAUGGCAACGUUUUUAUCGACGAUGUCGCUAGAAAGAGCAUAUUGUUUCUUCUAAAAAACAUUGACAACGUAGUUAACCCGUAUUCUAAGGCGAUGGUAGCGUACGCGCUGGCCAUGGCAAACGAGGAAGAGUCAGAUGCACUCAUUGACCAGCUAUUCUCACUUGCAGACAGAAAAGGCGGCACGUGCUUUUGGUCUCUCGGACAGCAAUGUAGACGGUCAUAUAGAUGUCGCUACCAACCGUCGAGCAUACAGACGGCUGCUUAUGUAAUUCUGGCAUGUGUGGAGAGAGACAGAAUAGCAGAGACGGUUUGUAUCGUUUCGUGGUUGAGCGAGCAGAUGGACGGAUGCGGCGGAUAUCGAUCGACUCAAGAUACGGUAUUGGCAUUGUUUGCGCUUUCUCAAGCUGCACGAAAUUUCUACUCUGAUGAUCCGAUCAACAUGACACUUCACGUUACAAUGAAGAAUCACAUAAACAAAACGUUUAGCGUAGACUACCACAACAAACUGAUCACUCAAAGAGAGGAGAUCGUCAUAUUCCAUUCCACCCAUGUAAAAAGCACGCAGUACUGGGAGUGGUCACGUAUUGUUUCAGGCCGAUCUGACCUACAACAUUCCUAACGUCGAUCCAAGCGACUCGUUCGAACUAAACGUAUCUGUGAAAGCCAAAGCAUUUAACUUAGACGAGAUCACGUUUGACUUGAAUCGAUUCACACGAAACUCACAAGACGAAAUCAACGAACUACUGAACCCUGACGAUCUCCUCUGGGAAGAAGAUCCGGAUAUAAACGAGAUAGACAAAGAAAUUGAAAAAGAGUUCGAACGGCAUUCGAGAGAAACAGAGGAGGAGAACAACGAGAGGGACACACCAACACGGACCGUUUCAUUUGCAAACGAAACGCAACAACAACAACCGACAGUUUUGAUCACGAAUGUCUGUUUUAUGUGGAAGAGACUAGAGGAAAAACCGGGAAUGGUCAUCGUUGAAGUGGGUCUGCUGUCGGGAUUCCAAGCAGACUCGAUAUUACUUCAACAAUUAUUUCCAAAAACAGAGAUCGGUCUGAUGCGAUAUGAAGUUAAACGUCGUGUCGUCACUUUCUAUUUUGAUGAAUUUCCUCAAGACAAGCCGUUAUGUUUCAGUUUUGAACAAAAACGAAGUCACUGCGUUGUAAACCUUCGACCAGCGUAUGUCAGGGCGUAUUCGUACUACCAACCGGACUUCAGUACAACUGUAAAGUACGAUCCUCCUGACGAAAUUUCCAACAACAGUCUGGAAGAAUGUGAUGCAGAAUCAUUACUGGAGACGUAGUUGAAAUAUUGUCUUCUGGAUCGGGUGGAGGUCAAAAUUUUGGUUAGUAAGAAAUUUGAUGAACAUGAAAUAAAGACAAUGAAACAAUGGCUGUCUUGAAUUUUUUGUGGUUUGUAUGUGUCUUCAGUGUUUAGUGUCUAGGUUUGAAUGUUGCUCAUGAUCAGCAGUUUGUGAAAGCAUGUGUAAUUAAUUAAAUAGCACGAGAGACAACAUUGACCUCAGUCUGUUGCCCUCAAACAAUCAGUUCUUCUGAGACCUGUGCUAUUGAAAAUAUGAA